CCGCGCCAUCGCCAUCGCCAUCGCCCUCGCCCUCGCCGCCGCCUCCACCCCUCCGCACACCGCGACGCCACCUGACACACCACGCGCGGAGCCGCCGGUGCCCUCCCCGGUCGGCCGCUACCUGGGCCCCUCGCCAGCGGCGCGCACCCGCCCGUCCAUCCCACCCCUGGAGGCGCGGUAGCAGCCGCUUCACCUCCCUCCAUGGCCACCGCCGCCGCCUCCAGAGGUGCGGCGGUCGGUGACUCGAACCCUAGCGCCGAUGGCGGUGGCCCCAGGCUCCGGUCGCCGCCGGGGAAAGGGAACAAGGCCGCCGCGCUCGCAGACAUCACCAAUACCGGGAAGCCCAACGGCUCCAGAUCCAUCAGCGCCGCCGACGUCAUCAAGGAGAACGUGAGGUUGGGUCAUCUGCUCAGGGAGAAGAUAAAGAUCAUCGAGCUCAGCAAAGUUGAGAUGCUCAAGCUCCACCAGCAGCUGCAAGCAUCACGGCAGCAGAACAUGCAGCUUGCGCAGGCCAAUUCUCAUAUGCUCGCGGAACUAAAUACAGGAAAAGAUAGAAUUAAGGCAUUACAGCAUGAGCUUUCAUGUACAGCAGCACUGCUUAAGGUAAAGGCAUCUGAGGUCGAGCGAAGGAAUAAGACUGCUAAGCAACGGCAGAAAGAAGUAAAUUCACAAGAUGUCUUGAAAGGCAUACCUUCCAAAGUUACAGCAGCUGAGGCUCGUCGAAUUGAUGGCUCAGUAAUCAGUGCUGUGGUUUCAUCUCAAUCUACAGUAGCAUCAAAUAUUGGCUGUCAAGAGCCACCACAACAUGCAACAGAACAGAGAAAUAAACGGAGGAGGUCUUCUAGACUUAACCAAGGGUCUGUUGAAAUCAACGAAGUAUCUGACAAGACAUUGCUUGACAAUACUGCAGUUUCUUCAGCUCCUUCCACUUUAAAUGUUCAGAAACAGCAUGGACCAACCAUUGGAAAAGAUAUGGAGAUACAAGAAGCAUGUUCCAGUGUUGCUGCAGUUGAGUCUCAUCAAAUUGGUGAUAAGGCCCACAAUGCCAAGCAGAGUCAUCUGGCAGAAUGUCAAGCAUCUGUGCAGUAUGAUAUCAUUGAGUCCCACAAGGCACCAGAAGACACCAUCAUCGAAAGGAAAUCUCAAAGGAGAAAAUCUUCAAGAUUGAAUACAGCACCUGCUGACGACAUGAAGAGCACUUUGGAGACUCUGCAGGAAUAUGUUAUUGCUCCUUUGGCCCCUUCCAAUUUGAAUGUCUCCAUGGAGCAGAGGGCAGAUCUAAAGCAGAAUGAGGCUUGUUCCUCUAUGAAAUCUACUGAUGGGCAUGUGCAGGGGAGGAGGUCUUUGAGGCGGGCUGCUGAAAAGGUCGUCUCUUACAAGGAGAUACCCUUGAACGUUAAGAUGCGUCGACCUUAAGAAACAAGGAAAACCUUCCCCUUACCUACAAGGAGAACCAUCACCUUAACUACAAGAAGUGUCCAUUCGCUGUAUUUUGUGUAGGCAUGUUGUAGGUUGCUGUCUCAGCCAGCCUUAGCAGGUACUUCCCUUUUUGUAUGACAGAUUGCACAUCUUGCAGCUUUGUCAAUAUUUGUUGACACCAUUGCUCUUCUUAUCUUGUACUGCAACUGACACUAGUGAGGUGUAACACUGUCUUUCGAGCUGUUCUUGCAGUUAUAUGAUUUAUGAACAAUGACUGUCGUGCAUACUGAGCUGACUUACUUGGCAAGCUUUUGCUAAGUUGUACCCCUUACAAACUUUAUUUCUGCAUCACGGUGACAUGACAGCUUAA